UGAGGCGGAGCAGUGCUCCGUGCAGCCGGUGGCCGGGACGGGCCUUGCUCUGCUCCUCUGCGCGGGCCCUCUGGAGACGUUUCCCCUCAGAAUUGAUUCUUAGCCUUCCUGUGCUUCUUUUUCGUUUGUUUGUUUUUUGAUUCCUCCCCGUCACUUCCGCCUCGCUUCCUCUCCCGCUUCCGCCUCCUCUUCCGGCCGCUUCAGCCGAGGGGCGUCGCGAUGCUGUCGGCAGCGGCGGGGGGCCCCGGGCCCGGCGGCUUGGAGCGGCGCGGCGGCCGCUUCAGCGUCCUCACCUGGGAGCAGGUGCAACGGCUGGACCAGAUCCUGGGCGAGGCCGUGCCCAUCCACGGCCGCGGCAACUUCCCCACCCUGGCCGUGCGGCCGCGCCGGAUCGUGCAGGUGGUCCGCAGCCGUCUGGAAAAGAGAGGCGUUGCAGUCCAUAAUGUGAGAUUGAAUGGUUCGGCAGCCAGCCAUGUCCUACAUCAAGAUAGUGGCCUGGGGUACAAAGACCUGGACCUCAUUUUUGGUGUGGAUCUGAAAAGUGAGGAUGUGUUCCAGCUGGUUAAGGAUGUGGUCAUGGACUGCCUCUUGGACUUCCUCCCAGAAGGAGUAAACAAAGAUAAGAUCACCCCUAUGACUCUAAAAGAGGCAUAUGUGCAAAAGCUAGUGAAAGUGUGUAACGAAACAGACCGCUGGAGCCUCAUAUCGCUGUCCAACAACAGCGGGAAGAACGUGGAACUCAAGUUCGUAGACUCUCUCAGGCGGCAGUUUGAAUUCAGUGUGGACUCCUUCCAGAUCAUACUGGAUUCACUGCUGCUGUUCAGCGAGUGUUCAGAGAACCCCAUGUCUGAGAACUUCCACCCUACAAUCACUGGGGAAAGCAUGUAUGGGGACUUUGAGGAAGCAAUGGACCACCUCAGGAACAGAGUCAUUGCCACCAGGAAUCCAGAGGAAAUCAGAGGUGGUGGCCUUCUGAAGUACUGCAACCUCUUGGUGAGAGGAUUUAAGCCCAAAUCAGAAGUGGAUAUGAAGGCACUACAGAGAUACAUGUGCUCCAGGUUUUUCAUAGACUUCUCUGACAUUGGUGAGCAGCAGAGGAAGCUAGAGUGUUACCUUCAGAGUCACUUUGUUGGCAUGGAAAGCAAAAGAUACGAGUACCUUAUGACCCUGCACAGGGUGGUGAAUGAGAGCACUGUAUGCCUGAUGGGUCACGAAAGGAGGCAAACUCUGACCCUCAUUGCCAUGCUGGCUGCAAGGGUCCUGGCUGAGCAGAGCAUCAUCCCAACCGUCACAAACGUUACCUGCUACUAUCAGCCAGCACCGUAUGUCAGUGAAAUAAACUUCAACUACUAUGUUGCCCACGUGCAGCCCCUUCUGCCUUGCAGUCACUCCUAUCCAACGUGGCUUCCCUGUAAUUGAGCAUGGAUGACACUCAGGACCUCCGCUCCAAAGCGUUUCCUUGCCUUUGGGAGCCUUUCGGGAAGACCUGCAACAAAAAGAAACUUGCUGGACUCUUGAGCACGACUGUCUUGUUCCAACAGUCCUAGGAACUAGCGCUGUCUGCUGUACACUCUAGAGAUUGGAUGUGCAGUGUUAUGGAAACUAGACCUAUUUGAGAUGUUUACAGGAAGACUGAAUCACUUAGUGAAUUAUGUAGGCAAUUGAGGGUGGGGUGUGUUAGGGGGAGACUACAGACUUAGAAUAAGAUAGAGCUGCACUGCCCCAAAAUGCAAAAGGAUCUAACUUUUUUUUUUUUUUUUAAGUGCAGAAGUGUUAUGGGUUGUGCAGACUCGUGGUUUCUGAAGAUAGAAGCCAGAGUGGCUAAUUACUUCGAAGGACCAAAGAAUCCUGUUUAAGUGCCUGUAACAACAUAAAACACAAUUGUACUGUAAACUUUAUUUUUCAGGGGCUGAGGUCCCGAGUGCUUGAGUGGGGAGUCUCAAAAAGAAAAAAAAGAAAAAAGGAAAAAAAAAAAAGGGGGGGGGAGUGUUUGUUUGCGGGGCGGGGGGGGGGGUCACCUGAUCAUUUCUAGUAACCGAACUGAAGCAGAUGUUGGAUUGCAGGUUACAUGUUGCUAAGGUUUUUGGCAUGGCUUGCUGCCUAUGAAGGAUCGGCUGUGGCAAAUAGCGGUCCAAGUUGAGUUGCACAGAAAUGGGGUUAGCUUUGGUUGACUACAUGUAAAAUGCCUAAGCAUAAUAUGGGAGGGUUAGGCAGGGAGGAGGGAGGGAAAAAUGCAUGGUGGCAAAAGCUGUGCUGAGCUUUGGAGAUGGAAAGCAAUAGGGGGGUUUACAUGUGUAAUGACUAUUUAAAAAAAAAAAAAAGUCCCAAGUCUGCAGUGCCAAAUGUAACUAUGUACAUAAACAGUAAAGCUAAGAGUCUGUUUUGGAGUCUGCCUGUGGCUUCACCAAUACAUAACCAUAUAUUUUCUAGGGAAUUUGAAAUGCUACUUUUUUGGCAUGCAGUGUGGUUUUAAUGCACAAAGCCAGUGGCCAGCUGGGUUAUCUAGAAAAGACUAGGCUUGUCUUGAAGCACAAACUGACUCGCUGGCUAGUCAAACCAUUAUCAGCGAUAGCAACUACCAUGGUGGCUGGAGCCAGUUUUAGGUCAAAUGUACAGAACCUGGUCCCUCGAUACUAGAAUGCUGUUGAAUGAAUCCAGCAGACUCUUUCCAUUUGAGCCUCCUUUGGCUCAGACUUCUUCCUUCCUGUGCCCAUCUUCAUGCCCUUUCUUCAAAAGCAGCCUGUUUCCACAUCUGAGCAACAGAUACAUUUGAAUUUAAAAUGCGAGCUUAGAAAUGGAACUUGUCUAGCUGUUACUUCAUUUUGUGCAAAAAUCAGUUUGGCCUUAGGAACAGAGAGAUCCUCUCGUGACUCUCCUUCCUCCCCUCCCCCCCCCCCCCCCGCUUAAAAAACAAACAAACCAAAACCUUUUAUGCCUGUGGGAGUUUUGGUACAUCUUAUGCAAGUAUAUUGACUUUGAAGUUGCUGUGAUGUCUAGAGCACAAAAAGUCCUGCCCUGAGCUGUCUGAAGUGAAUACCCCUCCUUUUGGAACAUCGCAUCUCAGGCUUAACUAUGCAUUAUUUGUGGGGAGAGGGGGCGGAAGGGGGUUUAAAGCUCGUACAGUAGAGACAUCUGGCAUUUUAGCCAUCAGCUCUACUGCUCAGAAUAUAUGAUGCAAGCCACUUCAUAGCGCUUUCUAAGUGGCUAACAAAACGUGAGCACUUAUUUACUAAUUUUGCUUUUUGGUCCUUGACAACACUGUACCAUGGCUGGGCUGACUGAACAGUCUAAUUAAUAAAGAUUAGAUAUUUGGAAUGUGAAUAACCAGAACUUUACCUUCUUGGUGCUGGGAGGGGAUGUGUGGAGUGGGGUGGGAGCAGGGAAUGUGUGGCUUGUACAGCUUAGUGAACACUAACUAGCUUAAAUCCUGUUUCCCAACCACUUCUUAUCCAGUAUGAACUGAAGAGGAACAGGUCCCUGCCACUGUCGUAGUUAAGGGGUUUAACAAUGACCUCUUGUAAAUAGUUUUGUACUUUCAGAACAAAUAGUUGAAAGCUUUAAAGGUAAACUCCACUACGUAGCAGUUUAACUUCCUGAUGCCCAGAGCCUUACUUCGGUUGCAAUGCCUGACGAAAAAGAGUUUGAGACCAGUCUUCCCUUGUGCUGAAAAAAACAAACCGGUUUAACGGCUGCUUUUGAGAACUAACUAGGAUCUCUAGGUAUGCAAUCUUCACUUUGAAUAUACUCGCUUCGAGGAGCAACCUGUUUUUGCACUGUUUAGCUAAGCUUCAGAUUAGCGCAGAUGAGAUGUAAGUGUGCUGCUGCUUGAUUUGCAGGCUCUUCACUUUUUAUCACAAGCAUGUAGGCUGGCGUGCUAAACAGAGAGAACUCCCUCCUUCCCCUCGUAGAAUGUAAAGGUUCCCAACCACCAAAGGCUUGAUGGGGGGGAAUUUAAAAUAAGAUUGCACUUUGAUUUGUGGAGUGUGUGUGGUGAAAUUCUUGUGAAUGGGGUUGAAUUGGCAUUUUCCAGAUAUUUGGAGUGUGAGAUCAUGCUGCCUCUUGUGAGGGGGAAAAAUUGGAAGAUUCCAAUAGUUUGAAUGGCACUUUUUAAUUUUGUUUCAAAUGUGCAUUUUUUUUCCUACACCUGUAUCACUUGUCAUGCAAUGGGCUUGACAUAAAGACUCACUAGAUUCUUUAGAAUCUGUUACAAAUAAAUACAGUGUAUUCAAA